ACGACCGGAAUGUGUAUUUGUCCCCCUGGCUGGUCUGGACAGAACUGUGAGAUUCCAUGUGGCUCUGGUUACUAUGGCAACAAUUGUACACAACAUUGUCCCACAUGUAAUCCAGGGAUCUGUAGCCCAGCAACAGGCCUGUGUAUUUGUCAGGAUAAAAAUAGCCCUUGUAAGUGUCCUACUGGUUACUAUGGUGAUUCCUGUCAGAAUCGAUGUCAGUGUAUCCAUGGUUACUGUGGAUCUACAGGGAAUUGUGUGUGUGACAAAGGAUGGAAAGGCAGCAGGUGUGACAGUCCUUGUGUUAACAUAGGUAUGUACCAAAAUAAUGUAAACAUAGG